AUGAGGUCGGCAUCUGCCCACCUCUCUCGCCAGGCUUUCGCCGCACCCGCCUUCGUUCGCUUCGCCAGCGACAAGGUCACCGGAUCGGUCAUCGGUAUCGACUUGGGAACAACAAACUCCUGUGUGGCCGUCAUGGACGGAAAGACGCCCCGUGUUAUCGAGAACGCCGAAGGUGGUCGUACAACGCCGUCCGUCGUUGCUUUCUCAAAGGACGGUGAGCUCCUGGUCGGAACCCCCGCCAAGCGUCAGGCCGUCGUCAACCCCGAAAACACCCUCUUUGCCACCAAGCGUCUGAUCGGAAGGAAGUUCGACGACGCCGAGGUGCAAAAAGACAUCCACACGGUCUCUUACAAGAUCGUGAAGCACAGUAACGGUGACGCCUGGGUUGAGGCGCGCGGAAAGAGGUACUCCCCAGCGCAGAUCGGAGCUUUCAUUCUGCAAAACUUGAAGGAGACUGCCCAGAACUUCUUGGGCAAGCCCGCUCAGCACGCCGUCGUUACCGUUCCGGCUUACUUCAACGACGCUCAGCGUCAAGCGACCAAGGACGCUGGACAGAUUGCUGGUCUUGAUGUCAAGCGUGUGAUCAACGAGCCAACCGCCGCUGCUCUUGCCUACGGUCUGGAAAAGGCCGGAGACAAGGUUGUCGCCGUCUACGAUUUGGGAGGUGGUACAUUUGAUAUCUCUAUUUUGGAACUCCAGCAAGGAGUGUUUGAGGUCAAGUCCACCAAUGGUGACACGCACUUGGGAGGAGAGGACUUUGACAACACCAUGGUCAAGUACAUCGCCGCCGAAUUCAAGAAACAGGAAGGCCUUGACGUCACAAAGGACCGCAUGGCUCUGCAGCGUAUUCGUGAAGCCGCCGAGAAGGCAAAGAUCGAGCUGUCCGCCACCCUCCAAACCGACAUCAACCUCCCCUACAUCACUAUGGACGCCUCGGGUCCCAAGCACAUCAACAUGAAGCUGUCCCGUGCUCAGUUUGAGUCCCUGACAAAGUCCCUCAUCGACCGCACCAUCGACCCCUGCAAGAAGGCACUUAAGGACGCUGGCGUUUCCCCCAACGAGAUCAACGAGGUCCUCCUUGUCGGUGGUAUGUCCCGUAUGCCCAAGGUGCAGGAGACCGUCAAGUCCCUGUUCGGACGGGAGCCCUCCAAGGCUGUCAACCCGGAUGAGGCCGUCGCAAUGGGAGCUGCCAUCCAGGGUGGUGUCCUCUCUGGAGCCGUUGACCAGCUGUUGCUUUUGGACGUCACUCCAUUGUCUCUCGGUAUCGAGACCCUCGGUGGUGUCUUCACCCGUCUCAUUGGCCGUAACACCACCAUCCCCACCAAGAAGUCGCAGGUCUUCUCCACCGCUGCCGAUGGCCAAACACAGGUCGAGAUUAAGGUUUUCCAGGGAGAGCGUGAGCUCGUGAAGGACAACAAGCUCCUCGGACAGUUCAACUUGGUCGGUAUCCCACCAUCUCCCCGUGGUGUUCCUCAAAUCGAGGUUACCUUCGACAUUGACGCCGACGGUAUCGUGAACGUCUCUGCCCGCGACAAGGCCACCGGAAAGGACCAGUCUCUGACCAUCGCCGCCUCCUCUGGUCUGUCUGACGCCGAAAUCGAGAAGAUGAUCAACCAAGCCGAGCAAUUCGCCGAGACCGACAAGAAGCGCAAGGAGGUCAUCGAGGCCACCAACCACGCUGAAUCCAUUAUCAACGACACCGAGAAGGCCAUGACUGAGUUCAAGGACCAGCUCGACAAGGCCGAGGUCGACAAGAUCAAGUCCCAGAUCGCUGAAUUGAGGGAGAUGCUCGCCAAGGGCCCUGAGGAGAACGCGCCCGAGACGAUCAAGGAGAAGUACGGAGAACUCCAGCAGGCUUCCCUGAAGCUGUUCGAGCUGAUGUACAAGUCGAAGACAGCCCAGCAGGGAUCGUCUGACGCCGGCAAGGCCCAGGAUGCCGAGUACAAGGACGUCGACGGCGACAAGAACAAGUCCUCCUAA